AUGGACUACUCGGGCACCAAGGAGGGGGCUUGGUGGUCGAGGGAGACGGUGGCCGUGGUGACCGGCGCGAACCGGGGCAUCGGGCACGCGCUCGCCGCGCGCCUGGCCGAGCACGGGCUCACCGUGGUGCUCACCGCGCGGGACGGCGAGCGCGGGGCGGCCGCCGCCGCGCCGCUCCUCGCGCGCGGGCUCGCCGUCGUCUUCCGCAGGCUCGACGUCUCCGACCCCGCCUCCGUCGCCGAGUUCGCCGCAUGGAUCCGCGACGCCGUCGGCGGCCUCGACAUCCUGGUGAACAACGCUGCCGUGUCGUUUAACGAGAUCGACACCAACUCGGUGGAGCACGCCGAGACUGUCCUCCGGACCAACUUCUACGGGGCCAAGAUGCUCACCGAAGCACUCCUGCCGCUGUUCCGGCAGUCGUCGGCGACCAGCAGGAUCCUCAACAUCAGCUCGCAGCUUGGCCUUCUCAACAAGGUGAGCGACCCGUCGCUGAAGGCGCUGCUCCUGGACGAGGACCGGCUGACGGAGGCGGGGAUAGAGGCGAUGGUGUCGCGGUUCCUGGCGCAGGUGAAGGACGGGACGUGGGGCGAGCAGGGGUGGCCCAAGGUGUGGACGGACUACUCGGUCUCCAAGCUGGCCCUGAACGCCUACUCCCGGCUGCUGGCGCGGCGGCUCAAGGCGCGUGGGGCGCGCGUGAGCGUCAACUGCUUCUGCCCCGGGUUCACGCGCACGGACAUGACCAAGGGCUGGGGGAAGCGCACCGCCGAGGAGGUGGCCGACGUUGGCGCCCGGCUCGCGCUGCUGCCCCCCGCCGAGCUCCCCACGGGGACCUUCUUCAAGUGGUGCACGCCGCAGCUCUACUCCAAGCUGUGA